UGGGUCACUCAGUAGGAGCCAUUUGGAGCCGGAGGCGACUCGGAGCGCGGUCCAUCAUCAUCACCAUAAUAACAAUAACAAUAAUAAUAAUAAUACUAAUAAGAGCAAAGCCAGAGACCAGCAGCAGAGAACUCGUCGCUCCGCAUAGAAGAAGAGAAAUAAACAGCUUAUACACGGAAGAGAAGUGAGUGAAGCAGAGAGGGACGGACGGCACUUUAAGUUUGUCUGUGCGGGAUAAAUAUUAAUAAAAAGAAAAAAAGACGAAUACGAAGGGAAAGUGAAAGAAGCCGGAACGAGUGAGUGAAGAUGCCGCGGGUCGUCCCGGAACAGAGGAGCAAGUUUGAGAACGAGGAGUUUUUCCGCAAGUUGAGCAGAGAGUGCGAGAUUAAAUAUACUGGGUUCAGGGACCGGCCCCAUGAGGAGAGACAAGCUCGCUUUCAGAACGCUUGCAGGGACGGACGGUCAGAAAUAGCCUUUGUAGCCACAGGAACCAACCUCUCCCUCCAGUUCUUCCCCGCCAACCUGCACGGAGAUCAGCGGCAGCUUCCUGCAAGGGAGUAUGUCGACUUUGAGAGAGAGACGGGAAAGGUCUACCUGAAGGCUCCCAUGAUUUUGAACGGUGUGUGUGUGAUGUGGCGAGGCUGGAUCGACCUGCAGAGGCUAGAUGGGAUGGGAUAUCUGGAGUACGACGAGGAGCGGGCGCAGCAGGAGGACGCUUUGGCCCAGGCGGCGUUUGAAGAGGCCCGGCGCAGAACCCGAGACUUUGAAGACAGAGACCGAUCGCACAGAGAGGAUCUAGAGAUGACAGCAGGACCCCAGCCCUGGCUCAAACAUGGCCAACGCUGACGUGGAACACAAGAUGCGCUGAGGAGGAAGAGGAUGAUGAAGUAGUGAAAAGAGGAAGAGGAGAAAAACAGGGCUGGCUGUCCUUUCAUUUUAAAUACAGUCAACUGAUAACAAGUCAACUGUUGACAAAUUGUUCAUCAUUUUAACUCACCAAAUAUUUUUUUAUGUUUAAGUGUAGGAGAAAAAAAAACUUUCGUAUUGAUUGAAUUAGAAGUGAACCAAGCAUUAAAACAGAAGGAUUAACAGAUUUCAUAAUACACAAAGGACUUGUGAACAAAACAAGUUGGAUACAUUUGAACAUGAGUUUCAGACAUAUAAAGUAGCAAUUUUUCAAAAUGAAUUGACAGGGUUGGAUUGAAAUACCAAAAGUAUAUUUUCUAUGGAUAUGAAAUGUUGAAAAAUAGAGGGAGACGGGUGGUGGUGGGUGAGAAUAGACAAAAGCUGGAGGGAGCAGAGAGAAGAGAGAGGGUCACGUUCAAGAGCAUGAAUCAAAAGGGAGGUGUUGACAGUUUGAGGGGCAAAAAGAAAAGUAGCGUUUGCUUUGAGAACAGGGCCUACUACACUGCGCACUCUUCCUGACACCUGCUGUUUUCUCAGACCAAAACGUGCGUGCUGGAAAGGGGAGAGGGAUGAAAAUAAGCUAAACUGAGUCACAUUCAUGGGGGCAGAUACGAUGUGGGCAUCCAGAGACUAUUGUACCAAGUUUUAGGGUUAAUUAGUAUUUACUGUACUAUAAAGUUCACAACGCGUUUGAAAGCUCUCUGUGGUGAGAGGCCCGUGACGGCAGAACCACGGUUCCUGUAGCAACAACCUCAAAGCCGGACGGAUAACAAAGAAAACUGCUACAAACUCUACUGUCUUUGUAUCUGGAAGCAAUCUGAAAACGAUUUUGUGGGGCGGGCGGGCGUAGGGGUCAAUUCAACGACCUUGAGUCCCAAGUGGGAGGUUUGCACCAUGUGAUACAAUCAGACUUAUUCUCCUCACGGCUUUUCUUUGUGGGCGUGAAACCAAACAGGCCCAAGUUCUCCAUUGUUUCCAAUGUGCAGCCUGUUGACAGGUGACAGUGGUGUCACUCGGGUGGUGUCACUCGGGUGCACUUGGGAUCCGAAGUGAAUGUCAGACAGAAAUGAACCCCAACAAUUUUUAAUUGAAAUCCACUGUAAUAUGUUUCGGGCUUUAGAUUGUACAGCCAUGUACAAGUCAUGUAACCGAUGCAAUACAGUUAGAAUCCAUCUAUCGAUCGAUCAAUUGCCCAGUUAUGCUUCAUCAUUGAAGGACUGUAAAAGCCUGAAUACAGUUGAGAUACAAUUCCCUGUCCUGUUACAGCACUAUGAAACAGUAUGUUUGGUUAUCUUAUCAUGUUGUUUGUGUGAAAGUCAUGAUGUUUACUUUUUGUAUUACUUCUCACCUCUGUUGUAUUCAUUUAUGGUCAUCUGUCAGCUUCUUAUGGACUAGUUGUAGCAGCUGUAGAGUUUUUAUGUCAAAAAUGAAAUUGUAGGCCUUUUGUUGCUUAAGUUUUUCACUAUUUUGUGUUUUAUGUAUGAAUAUUAUUCUGAUGGUCUUUUUUUAAGGAAAGGCACUUCCUGCGAUAAAUACAUUGAAUGUGGAUAGACUCAAACACUUUUAUUUUUGUAUUGUGCAACUAGGGGCUCAUUUUAUUUUCCAAUGUGAUUAUUAUAACAAAGAAAAUGGUUAAUUAUUCAUGCUUUUCUUUUACCUGACUGACUUAUUAAGUAUUUUGCUGAGGUUUACAAAGGCAACAUUUUAUAAUACGUGAUGGAUAAUAGUAAAAUUCAAGUUAAAAAGAUAAUAGUCCAUGAUGAAUUUGGUACCACAAAAAUAUCAUUUUAAAAUUGCAAGAGAACUAAAUAGAAAGAUCGUAAGUUAAAAUUGUAACAGAUAUGUUUCCCGUUGGCUCCCUAGCAGAAACACACAUUUUUAAACUUGAGGCACAGCAACAAAACAAUGCAGGUAUUUCAUCCUAAAUAGGACUUCAUUCAGAUAACCUCUAACCAGGAAUUCACUUUCUUUUAUUCAUUAGAUAGUUUCAGAGAACAUUAGAGAGAAGCUUAAAGGCUUUUUGUAAAGACAGCUGGCACUGUGGCCCAUGUGGAAAACAUACUCUCUCUCUCUCUCUCUCUCUCUCCCGGACCACAUUUGGUGUAUUUUUGGGCCUCAAAUCGUCCAGCACAGUGGACACAUUAUUGAAGUGGCAAUAAAGAUCAUGAAUGAGCCGGUGAGGUGAGGCAGAGACAAGAGGAAGGCAUUAGAACGUGUAAGGAUAGCUGGUAUAGAUUUACAUGUGGAGUGGAUGUUUUGUUUCCACGACUGACAAUCUCCGGAUUCAUUGUAUGACAUGAAUUCAAGCCAUAGUCUUUGAACCAGUGGGAACUGAUGGAGCAUUGGUAAUAAACCAGUACAAUGAGAGGUGAGAUGUAGGUGGAAAGUCAGAAAUACAGUGAGUACUGUGUGUUUUUAGAAAUCUAAUGAAUUAAUUGGUAUUUAUGUACUACAAAUGGAUCCAUCAAUGGUCAAACAAGCUCAUUUUCCCAACAGAUCUACUAAAUUCAGAACGUUUGGAUCAGAAAUGACCACAAUUUAUCGCCCUUUCUACACCUAAUAUCAUUUAGGUUUCCCAUGUAUUAGUCAAUACUCUGUCCCUCGAUUCUCUUAAUGCAGGCAUUAAGGCAAAAAAGAAAACCAUAAACCACAAACAUUUUCUUUCUGUUUCUCUAUUUUUGUUUCAGUUAUUUAUACGUAGGUUUUAUUUAGAGAUCCAAAGAAGCAUUUCAUUCUUCCUGGACGUUUCUUCUUUCUGUUUGUGUGGUCUGCCUUUCUCUCUGUUUAAGGUUAAGCUUUUGCUCUUAGAGGAACCAGAAAUAGGAGAUAUUCAAUUCAAAUUGUUGUUUUUCUUAAUAAAUAUGUAUGAAUUCAUG